GUAUAUACUACGCGACAAUUGGCGCAAUCCUGCAUUAAGUGUAAUGGCAUUUAGCAUGAGUUAAUGUAGUUUAAAAACAGGUCGGGCAAGUUUUGGGAUGUAAAUUGUUUCGCUCUUUUAAAGGAAUGUUGAGAUAUCCCACGGUUGACUGCAGGUAAUAAUUACCCAUGUAUGGUAACGGGUUGUAUGCAUUAUCCUCACUGGUAUCCGGCCUCCUGUGACAACUGGGAGUGUUAAAGGAUGGUUUCUGAGCGCUACUGCCGACCCGACCCACUUUGCACACCUGGUGAAGUCUGAUGGCUCGACACACAUGCUUUUACUCAGGACAGCCACUUAGAUUUUAGGAGCAGCGCACUGUACACAAAGACGACGAGAUGAACAUAAUGAUUGUAACAGUUGCAUAUCUUGGAGCCGUCCUCACAUUAGCCUACAGCCAAGAAUGUGAUCCGUCACAGAGCUGUGCCUCACAGCAGCCCUACGCCCAUUUAGUGGCAAACAAAGACCAGCCUCUAAAUCACUUCUAUUUGGCCGGUAUGUUCGAUGUGCACGAGAUCGACCCCAACCCAUACAAAUGUGGAGCACUCCGAGAAAAGGGCAUACAAAACAUGCAGGCAUUUUUCUGGGCGCUGGAGACAUUUCGUCAGCGAUACAAUGAGACGAAAUUAUUCGAAGGUGUGGAUGUUGGGGGACUGGCGUUUGACUUUUGUACGCGGCCCCACCAGGCUGUUCAGUACCUAUUCAAUUUGGAACGCUGUGAUUUGGCAUAUGGUGCUGAUCCACCAGUGAAGCCUUCCAAUAUCUUAGCUUAUAUUGGACCAGCACGAAGUAGCCAGGCUUUGGAAGCCGGCAGAAUAUUAGGUCAUAUGAAAAAGACUGUUAUAAGUCAUUCUGCAAACAGCCCCACAUUAAGCGACACAAAUGUGUUUAAAACGUUUCUCCGCACGCAGCCAUCAGACAGUGAGCAAUCCCAAGUUCUUAUCGAGAUUAUCAAUGCGCAGUCAAACUGGGAGGCUGUGCAAGUAGUGUACCGGGCAGACGAAGAUGGAACCGCGGGAAAAGAAAAUUUUAAAAAGAUGGCCGUCGAAAAUGGUCUGUGCGUUGCGCAGGAGAUUAAAUUACCACUCGUUGUAAACAAUGCAGUUAUGGACGGCGUUGUUGACAAACUCAGUGCGUUUCCAAACACCAAAGGAGUCAUCAUCUUCGGAACUCACGUGGAGGCUAGAAAUGUGUUACAAGCAAUAAAAAGAAGGGGUGCGGAAAGGGAAUUUACAUUUAUGUCCACUACGUCAUGGAGUACACUCAUGCAAGUAGUCAAGGGCGUAGAGGAGGCAGCUGACGGGGCCGUAACAUUAUCGUUAGUGCCCGGUAACAUGGAUUUCUUCAAUGCGUUCCGUGACUACUACCGCGCUCUCAGACCAACAACAAACCUCACAACUCAAAACCCAAUUUUUGCGUCAUUCUGGGAGGAAAAAUUUGCCUGCGAUCUGCCAGGCUCAACGAACAGGAGGGUUCCUUGUGAGCCUAACACCAAUAAUUUGGAUAGUUCUGAGAUUGAUUUAUCCACUGCGUACGUCAUUCAAGCAGUUGACGUCGCUCUUCAUGGUAUAGAGAAUGCCCGGAGUGCCAUGUGUCCAAACGUCAACCAAAUUUGCACCGAGUUCUCAAACAGUGACGCCCAGCUAGACAAAAUUUAUGCAGAAAUCCUUAAAAUUUCACUCCCUGGGGUCUCUUUCCAGGGGAACGGAGACGCAGCAGUUGUGAAUUUUGCCAUUAAUAAGUUUAGUGCAAAUCGCAACCAGUAUGAAUUGAUAGAAACAUAUGUGAAGGGAACACCAUUGUCCCAACCUCCAAAUAUGGGCAGUUCUACUUGUCCAACAUGUCAAGUGUGUGAAGCCGUUACUUCUCCCAUCACUACCACCACCAUCUCUGCAGAGCAAUCUUCAAGUGCUACCACCGCGUCUACUACGUCCACUACGUUGCGGACAACUAGCGGUGGUAACGGCGGUCAGACUCAACCAACCGCCGCCCCACAGCAGCAAAAGGCCCCGUCAGGAAUACGGAAACAAGACUCUUGGGUUAUCGCAAUUCUUGUGCUGUCAAGUCUUGGUAUUCUCCUGAUCAUUGUAUUUGAGGUCUACAUUAUUGUAAAGGUGUCUGGUACCCCAUUCUCAAAGUGGAAAGUGUUGUGGCUGGGGCAGCUCCUUUUGUUUGGUAUAUUUCUCAGCUACCUGGUUCUUUUCGCCUACGUACCGUAUCAGACCACGGCAACGUGUGGCAUCAUUCGAUUUGGUAUUGGAUUUUGCUACGCCUUUAUGUUUGGUGUGCUGAUUGUGAAGCUUAUGAAUAUUUUCCAAUCAAAGAAGACUGGUUAUCUUCAUGGUGUGUUCCAAAUACUGCUUUUCCUAUUCAUUCUCCUUGUCCAGGUUGGAAUUGACUCGACGUGGUUAAUAGUAGAACCAGCCCAAGGAGUUUGGGUCACGGGACAAACAUGGUAUUGCAGACAUUUACAUUUUAGUAGCCACGUCUUAUCGCUUGUCUACGUAAUGUUCCUGAUUCUCCUCUGUAUAAUUCUGGCUGUAAGAUCCUACAGAGUUAAAUCAAAUCACAGAGAGAAUAUCCUAAUUGGAAUUGCAGCUGGUGCCACUGCUGCCUUAUGGAUUGCAUGGACAUUGAUCGGUCACCUUUCUCCACAUUCACGGGAAGACUUUUCCGACUAUUGGGACCCCGCAACUGCGUUUGGACUUUGGUGCACAGCGACGUUAAUCCUCCUUGUCAUGUUCUUGCCGAAAGUAAAACGUUUAAAGAGUAUGACCAUUGACAAAUUCCUUAAGGCAGAGGACGAGUGGGAUCGUGGUAGUGUAAUGACAGGCAGCGUGUAUAAAGCACCAGGCUCUGUGGUGUAUGUUAACAAUGGGGCAUAUGCUGGAGGAGUCAAUGGUACACUCCCUUCCAAACAACCGCCACACGAUAACGGCCUGUACACGGACGUUCCCACCCUGUCUAGAUCUGUGCACAGCGUCAAUGAUCCACAUGGCUUAGUUCUGCGACAUCCAGGGUCCGUUUACGAGAGUAACACCAUGAGAAGUGCGCCACCAAAUGUCAUAUAUGGUACACCGGGUACAUUAAAGUCACAGAGAGGCGGAGGUGGCUCCGUCUACAGUUAUGGUAGACCAUACAGACCAGGUACACCAGUAGACUACGCUGCAAGAAGCCAUACUUUGGAUGCUAGAAGUAAACCAUCAUCUGAAUACGCCUACCCUACAUCAACGAACAAGGCCAAGCACAAUAUGAAAAAGGCCAAAUCGUAUCAAGACCUGGGACCACUGUAGUGAAGUUUCAAAAUGCCGGAAACGGAUGUUACAAUUAGAAUAUUUAAUCAUAAACAAGUGCCAUACCUAGAUCUGACAGUAUUCCUCAUGUUUUAUUUUAAAUUAAGAAAAUAUAAGAGAGGCUCCGAAAGAAAGAUUGCGUUAAGAACUUUUAUCAAAGGAAUGUGGGAGUCACGUUUUACCACCGCUCAGAAGAACCUUUCAAACGUGAAAGCACCUUUACGUUUCAUGUCACACAUAAGUUUAUCUUAGAACUGACAUGUGUAAGGUUUCACCAAAAAGACUCUUUUCGAUAUCUUUUCUUUCAGUUUAAUGCAAUUCCAGGUUGACUUACUUUGUAUCAAGUUUCUCAGUACACUAUUGUCACCAUAGUAACAACAGCUUUAAAAUUCUGUUUCUUUAAUGUUAUUUCAACAUUCUUACUUGAAGAUUAUAAUUUAACAAGUGCUUAUAUAUUUUAUAUUUAAAGUUAACAUUUAAGUGUCUUGAGUCAAAUUACACAGCAUAUUGUGAACUAGGUAAAUAACCUGAUGGGUUACUUCAUAUCGUAAAUAUUUAACUUAUUUAUUCACGUUGUAUAAAGAAAAUGUACAGUGGAAAGUAUGUAAGUUAGGGUCUUUAGUCUAAGUGGAAUCCCAACUAAUCUUUUUUUCAUUUAAAAAGCUAACAAAGUUAUGUAUUCAAUUGUUAUGGCGUGUAAAACUUAAGGAGUGCUUAAGGAGUAGGAGUUGCUGCAAAAGAACGACGGAAUUCCUGGAGUUCACAACGAAGUUUAAAAACUCAUGACUGCAACCUCAUGUAGUUGUAAUUUAAAAUCAUCUUUGCGAGAUUCGUCUUACAGACCGCUUUGUGUAAUUUUGUUAGAAAAGACAUUAUAAGCCAAGCAAAAGGUUAUAUGAAAGCAUUUCAAGAACUUUUAGUACGAGGGAAAAAGUUUUUAGAGUGCUGCACUAAUGAUGAUAUUCCUCCGAACGGUCUAUAGUAAGCAAUUUUGAAUCCUUAAAUUGCCAAAAGUGGUUAUUUCCAUAGUCAUAAGUAUAGUAUAUAGUAUACAUAUAAUAGAAUGAGUUGUAAUCCACGUUAAACAUUUAAUCCUUUAUUGGUUGAAGUUGUAAACAAGAGUGCCCCAAGAGCAUGAAGUGUAAACCAGCCAUAGUACUGCCAGUAGAAAGAAACAGUUGUAUAUUUCCAUUAAAUAUCAACAUUGUUACACAUAUAUUUCCUUAU